AUCAAAAUGGCGGCUUUCGGCGCGGAGCGCUGGGUGAACGACUUGCCAAACCAUACCAUUUUCAGAAGAAUAAGAGAGAAGUCGGAGUCCGAAAGCAACAGAAAUGAAGCGGGGAUCGCCAAGAAUCUCACGUUUUGCUUGGGCGGGGACUUCUUCGUGUGGGACGACGCAGACCGCUUGUUUUACACGGCCAACCUGAGACAGCUGAACUCGGACGAGAGUCGCGGCAGCGGGAACUGUCAGACGCUGCUGUGCAUCAACCCGCCUCUCUUCGAGGUGUGCCAGGUGCUGCUGAGUCCCACGCAGCACCACGUCGCGCUCGUCGGCCAGCGGGGCGUCUCUGUGCUGGAGCUGCCUCAGCGCUGGGGCAAGAGGUCCGAGUUCGAGGGCGGACGGAGCGAGGUCAACUGCAAGACCCUCCCGGUGGCGGAGCGCUUCUUCACCAGCUCGCAGUCGGUGAGCCUGCGGCAGGCGGCGUGGUACCCGAGCGAGACGGACGAGCCCCACCUGGCGCUCCUCACCUCCGACAACACCAUCAGGUUCUACGGCCUGAAGUCGCCCCAGACGCCGAGCAAAGUGUUGCCCGUGUCGCAGCCGGAAGACGACAGCGGCGCCCACCCUCCGGUCUGCUCCUACGCAGCGUCGCUGGGCGAGAUAGCGGUGGCGUUCGACUUCGGCCCGGUGUCGUCCCCUCCUCGGCAGCUGGCAGCUCAGCGCCCCAGAGACCAGCAGCUCUACCCCCUGUACAUCCUCUACGAAAACGGGGAGACCUAUGUGAGCUACACGAGCCAGGGGAACGGCAUGAGCCUGAGCAAACCUGUCGGCCCGCUCCCCAUGUAUCCGGCGGCGGAGGAUAACUAUGGUUACGACGCCUGCGCCAUCCUCUGCCUGCCAUGCGUGCCCAGCAUCCUGGUCAUCGCCACGGAAACGGGCACGCUGUAUCACUGCGUGGUGCUGGAGCCCGAGGAGGAGGAGGAGACGCGGGCGGUGGAGAAGUGGAUCCGGGGCGCGGAGGCGGUGCCGGCUCUCUACGUUUUUGAGUGCGUGGAGCUCGAGCUCACCCUCAAGGUGGCCACGGGGGAGGACGAGGAGCCCCAGGAGUUCGACUUCACCUGCCCCAUCCGACUGCACAGAGACCCCCUGUGUCAGCACAGGUACCACUGCACCCACGAGGCAGGGGUGCACAGCGUGGGGCUCGUCUGGGUCAACAAGCUGCAGAAGUUCCUCCAGUCCAACGAGGAGGAUAAGGACAGUCUCCAGGAGCUGGCUGCCGAGAAGCGCUGCAUCGUUGAGCACAUUCUUUGUACCCGGCCACUCCUGACCAGUCGGUCGGCUCCGGUGCGUGGCUUUUUGAUCGUGUCCGACCUGUCCCUGGGCGCCACCAUGAUCUGCAUCACCAGCACCUACGAGUGCAUCCUGUUGCCCCUGCUGAGCUCCAUUCGCCCCCCCUCGCCCCCCCUGCUCUGUUCCCACCCAGGCCCGGGCUCUGUGAGCUCCCCACUGCGCGGGCUGGCCAAUGACUCCUUCGAGCAGCACAUCCGCAACAUCCUGGCGCGCAGCUCCACCAACCCUCUUGUACUUAGGGCCGGGGACAAGGACACGUCACCGCCCCCACCAGAGUGUCUGCAGCUCCUCAGCAGAGCCACGCAGGUCUUCCGCGAGGAGUACAUCCUCAAGCAGGACAUGGCCCGCGAGGAGAUGCAGAGAAGAGUCAAACUCCUGACGGGCCAGAAGAACAAGCAGCUGGAAGAGCUGGCCUCGUGCCGGGAGGAGCGGAAGACUCUGAGAGAGGCAGCAGAGAGGUUGGCUGAUAAAUACGAGGACGCAAAGUAUCGCCAGGAAACCAUUAUGAACAGGGUGAAAAAAGUGCUGGGCAGUCUGCAGAGCCAACUGCCCAUACUGUCAAACAGUGAGAAGGAAAUGAAGAAGGAGCUGCAGACCAUCAGCGAUCAACUGAAGCACCUGGACAACUCCAUCAAGCAGGUGAACUUGAUGAUGGAGUACCAGAAGAAGCAGGUGGACAAGGACGCGUCUGCCGCCAGGAAACCUGUCUCACUCAACGCCCAGCAGAAGAAGGUGGUCCAGGACGUGCUCCGAGAGCAGGGGCAGCAGAUCGGUGACAUGAUGAAGCAGAUAAAAGACAUCAAAAACCACUUCAGCUUCUGAGCACCGCGGCCAUCACCAAGAAACAAACGGGGAAAUGUUUUGAAUGUUCUGUUGAGUUGAUGCAGUCCAGUUAUUAAAUCUGCCAUUCUGAUGAGAUCCGUGCUCUGUUUGAUAGAUACUUCAUGUACACAUAACUUUAUAACUUCAGCUUUUGUUGCUAUAUGUUUUUUUCUCAAUUGAAAUACAACCUUUUUACUGUCAAUAUCAAACAUGUCAAUGUUUCCAAAUGUUCAGGUUUGAGUCCUUGUACAGGCAGGUGACAUUUGGAAUAUUUUGAGCUAAGCUUACUGACAUAUUUUCAACAUGAUUUGGUGACCUUUUGGAUAAAUAAUAAAGUUGUCUUAAACUGA